AUGGGUGCUACAUGCAGCAGUGGAGGAACUAAGACUUUGUCCGUUAACCUCUCUUACACGGAGUUAGAUUACCCACAAAAGAUUCUGAUGGUGGGACCCAGUGGAGCAGGUAAAACUCACUUGCUAUACUCGUGGAAGCUGGGAUGUAACAAUGUAGUAGAGCCAGUCAAAACAUCUGAUUUCAAUGUGGAACAAGUCCAAGCAACAACAAGUGGUCAGUCUUUCGUGGUGUUUGAUCUUAGCGGUUCCCCGAGCUUCAGAGUAAGACGACGACAGUUCUACCAUGGCACAGAAGGUAUCGUGUUCGUGGUAGACAGUACAUGUUUGGGAACUAAGGAGAUGGACGAUGCCAAACAGGACCUUGUCAGUGUGCUCCACGACCGGGACCUUAUCAACACUCCAUUACUAAUCAUAGGCAACAAACAGGACCUAUCGGGGGCCUUAUCUCUGGAGGACCUUGAGGCAGCACUUGGCCUGAAGGUGGCCAUGACCACAAAAAGAGUUUGGAAGACGAUGGAGGUCUGUGCCCUGAGUCAAGAAAGUGUUACUGCAGCGUUAGACACCCUUGUGCAAUUAGUGGGAUCAUCGGAACUAGUCACAGCACGGACAAAUAUAUCAACAGCUACAACCGAACUGGACACUUCCAGACCGGAAGUAGCGACUUCGAAAUCAGAUGUGGUUAAAAUUGAUGUGCCAAAAGCUUGGACGAAGUAG